GGCUGGCCCUUGCUAAUGAGCAAGUUGCCAAGGCGAGACAGGAACUUCAUUCCUUGCUGUGUCAGGGUCCCAGAAAUUAUGCCCCUUCUCUCAUCAUGAACUGGCUCUCGAGUUCCCCGGGAGUUGUGCUAACUGCUUAUCACCCCAGCGGCAAGGACCAGGUCGUUGGGGAGAGCCAUGCAAAGGGAGGCGACGAAGCCACCUCCAGUCGCAGAUAUGGCCAAUACACCAUGAUCCAAGAAAGCUCUGCCAAAGGUACAGAGAAGCCUCCCUUUAAUCGAUCGAGUUCCCAGGAUUCUUUGAACGAAGUUUCGAUGGAGGACUAUUGGACGGAACUAGAAAAUAUCAAGAAGUCUAACGAAAAUCGCCAAGAAAGUCAGGAGGCUGUUGUUGUCAAAGAGCCUGAUGAGGGAGAACUGGAAGAAGAGUGGCUUAAGGAGGCUGGGUUGUCCAAUCUCUUUGGAGAGUCUGCCGAUGACCCCCAGGAAAGUAUGGUGUUUUUAGCCACACUGACCCGGACUCAGGCAGCAGCUGUUCAGAAACGGGUAGAAACAGUCUCCCAGACCAUGAGGAAGAAAAACAAACAGCACCACAUUCCUGACGUCAGAGAUAUAUUUGCUCAACAGAGUGAAGCACAAGAAAAAUCUCCAGGUGGCUCAGAAUCGCUCUCAGCCAGAACGAAAGAAAAUAAAUGCCAAGGAAAAGAUGACCAGGCAUCGAGUGGGACUGUUGACAACAAGGAGCUGACCCCAGGGUUGCCUGAGGAUGCACCUGCCUCUGAAACAGACAUCAACCUGGAGGUGUCAUUUGCCGAGCAAGCUGUCAAUCAGAAAGAGCUAAUCAGGGAGAGGAUGCAGAAGAUCAAAGGCAAUGAUGCCUCACUGCCUAGUUUCAGACUGCCAAAAGAUAAAACUGGUACUACAAGGAUUGGGGACUUAGCCCCCCAAGACAUGAAGAAAGUUUUCCGUCUAGCCCUGAUUGAACUCACUGCCCUGUAUGAUGUGUUGGGUGUGGAACUCAAACAACAGAAAGCUGUGAAAAUCAAGACAAAAGACUCUGGUCUUUUUGGUGUUCCAUUAACCACGUUGUUAGAACAAGAUCAAAGGAAAGUGCCAGGAACUCGAAUACCCUUGAUCUUUCAAAAACUGAUUUCUCGAAUUGAAGAAGGCGGUCUGGAAACCGAAGGCCUCCUGCGAAUACCAGGAGCUGCCAUGAGAAUCAAGAACCUUUGCCAAGAACUAGAAGCAAAGUUUUAUGAAGGAACUUUUAACUGGGAAAGUGUCAAACAGCACGACGCAGCUAGCCUGCUGAAGCUCUUUCUCAGAGAGCUGCCCCAGCCGCUGCUGAGUGUGGAGUAUCUCAAAGCCUUCCAGGCCGUCCAGAAUCUUCCGACCAAAAAGGAACAAUUGCAGGCUUUGAACCUCCUUGUCAUCCUUCUACCUGAUGCAAACAGAGACACACUGAAGGCUUUGCUUGAAUUUCUCCAAAGAGUCAUUGACAAUAAAGAGAAGAAUAAAAUGACAGUUGUGAAUGUAGCAAUGGUCAUGGCCCCGAAUCUCUUCAUGUGCCAUACACUGGGUUUGAAGUCCAGUGAACACCGAGAAUUUGAAAUGGCUGCUGGGACAGCGAAUGUCAUGCACUUAUUGAUUAAGUACCAAAAGCUUCUAUGGACAAUUCCCAAGUUUAUCGUUAACCAAGUGAGGAAGCAAAACACUGAAAGUCACAAAAAGGAAAGGAGGGCCAUGAAGAAAUUGCUGAAGAAAAUGGCUUAUGACCGAGAAAAACACGAAAAGCAAGAGAAAACCACAAAUGAUGCUGACGUUCCUCAGGGAGUGAUUCGAGUGCAAGCUCCCCAUCUUUCAAAAGUUUCCAUGGCAAUACAGCUAACUGAAGAACUAAAAGCCAGCGAUGUACUUGCCAGGUUUCUCAGCCAAGAAAGUGGGGUUGCCCAGACACUUAAGAAAGGAGAAAUUUUUCUGUAUGAAAUUGGAGGAAAUAUUGGGGAACGUUGCCUUGAUGACGACACAUACAUGAAGGACUUGUACCAACUGAACCCAAAUGCUGAGUGGGUCAUAAAAUCCAAGCCACAAUAGAAGACUAACCAGAGGACUAGUGUCAUCAUUCUUGCUGGGUCAAGAGUGUAAAUAAAAGUUACGAAGUGACACCCCCCCCAUGCCUUAAAAUGAUAGAUGUUUGUGGCUUUUACAAUUGUUAAUUAUUAUUAAGGAAACAAAUAUUUUUGGAGUUAAGUGGAAAGGGGUGUGAUUAGCUUGUGGGCUGUUCAUACACACUCUAAGAUAUGUUCAGAUGUGACAGCUGUUUGGUUUUAUUUUUGUUUUGUAUGAAAUAAAUUCUCUACCACUUUUUUGUUGGGGAGGACUGCUGGGUAUUGAAGCAGAACUUUACUCCUGAUGACCUUUAUGACACCUAGUGAUAUCCCAAGCACAUUAAACCAUCUUUGCUAAUAGAUUUACCAAAGAGGUUUGGGUUUAUUUACAUUUUAAGAAUGGUCUCCCCCCUUUCUUACCUCUUCCUGCCUACCUUCCCUCAAUAAAACUUGCCUUUUUUUUUUUUUUUUAACCAAAAAGAGACAGUUAACAGCAGGUGUGUGAAGCUGUGCAGGCAAACCUAACUCAACAGUAUUCUUGUUACCACACAAUGUUAGUACCCAUGGCUCUGAAUCCUCUGUCUGAGCAUCCUUCCUGCAGCAUCUUGUUUUAUUCCAGCUUAUCUGACUUCUGUGCACAAAUCUCUAUCCAUCAUCAAAACCUAAACUGUUAGGAACAUCCAAUCAUCACCAAAGCAUAAAACGUUUAAACACUCCAGAGAAAUAUGACCCACACAGAAUAACUGAGUCACCUCUGACCACAAUGGGAAAAGCCAGAUCACUUUGUGUGCACCACACUCUUCCAGAUGGAAUCUGGAAAGGAAUAUAUGAAGUUACCUGGCAACAUUAUAAAUAUCAUAAUAGUACAACCUGGAACAACUGGAGAAUGCAUUGUGAAAUGGCACUUUCUGUCCCCACCCCUUUCUCCCAGAAUGAGUCUUCUGGGUGUGACGAUUGUUGUUGUCAACAAUUUUGCCUGUUUUCAUGUUUUAAAUAAUCUGAGUGAACUUAUAAAGAUGGCACAGAAAGUAUUGUUCCCAGGGCUUUUCGUGCACAGACCAUACUGUGACACCACCACAUGGAUCUCUGCUGAAAAAAAGAGAAGUGAAAUAUGGUAGAAUGUCAUCGAUGACAGGAGGCGCGUAUAGAUGUGGCACCAAUGUGUCGAUGACAGUGUUCAUAGUUCUGCAGGGGAAGCUGCACAUUCUCAGAAGCUCUUGAUGCCACUCUAAUUAGGAAGGAAAGUGCCGUUAAUGAGAACAGCGAAAUGUUGAGCGUAUAAUUACAAGAGCAGCCUGUGGAUAGAUGCUUCAGUAACGCCAUGGUGAUCUGUGCCAUUGCUUUUUUAUUUAAAGAAAUUUUAUAAUUAAAAGCCUUUUUCUAAACGA